AUGGUGGCGCUCAGGGGCCGCGGGGCUGUAUCGGGCCCCGGAUCGGGAUCGGGAUCGGGAUCGGGAUCGGGAUCGGAAUCGGGAUCGGGAGCGGGCCCGGCCGGCUCGGGGGAGGCGGCGGCGGCGGCGGCGGCGGUCGUGGCGGCGGUGGCGGCGGCGGCCGCGGCAACAACAGGGGGCCGGGAACAGUACCUGCAGAUUGAGGACUGCCUCCCCCAACUCCAGAGAACCCCGGCCAAAAGAAUCUGUCCAGCCAAGCGGAAACAGUACUUCAUCAACCAGGCCAUCCGCAACUCAGACCUCAUCCCCAAAGCCAAGGGGCGCAAGAGCCUUCAGCGGCUGGAGAACACCCGCUACCUGCUGACUCUCCUGGAGCAGGACGAAUGUUCUCCCCACGACGGAGAGCCAGCCUCGCCCGCGGCCCCCAGCAUCUUUGCCGAGGCCUGCAGCAAUGAGACCUACAUUGAGAUCUGGAAUGACUUCAUGAACCGCUCCGGGGAGGAACAGGAAAGGGUCCUCUUGUAUCUGGAGGAGGAAGCCAAGAAGAAAUGCAGGAAGAAGGCUUCAGCCAAAGCAGAGGACAGGAGAAAAGAAGACCCUGCCUACACACCCCAGGAAUGUUUCCAGAGAAUCAGCCGGCGACUACGGACCACCCUGAAGCGGAACCGGAUUCCCCGGGAGCUCCUGGAAGGUUUGGAGGAAGAGCUACUGACCUUCUUCUCCAUCACGCCCUGCUCCGUUUACACUGCCAUGAUGGAUAACAGCUUUGAACGACUCCUGCUCCAUGCCCUCUGCCAGUACAUGGACCUGGUCUCAGCCAGCUCAAACUUUGAGGGGAAACGCCAGAUGAAAGUGAGCAACAAACAUAGCAAUUUCCUUCCGCCCGAGCUGCUGUUGUCGGCCUACCUGCAACAGAUGAGCUGA